GCGCCCAGUAGAGGCUAUAAAAACUGCGUUUUUCUACUUUCGUCUGUCGUUUUUAACUGUAUAGAUACAGGCCUUUUGCCAUGUCUGGGCGUGGUAAGCAGGGAGGCAAAGCUCGCGCCAAGGCCAAGACCCGCUCUUCUCGGGCCGGGCUUCAGUUUCCCGUGGGCCGAGUACACCGCCUGCUCCGCAAAGGCAACUAUGCCGAGCGGGUCGGUGCUGGGGCGCCGGUGUACCUGGCGGCGGUGCUGGAGUACCUGACCGCCGAGAUCUUGGAGCUGGCGGGCAACGCGGCCCGCGACAACAAGAAGACUCGCAUCAUCCCGCGUCACCUCCAGCUGGCCAUCCGCAACGACGAGGAGCUCAACAAACUGCUGGGCAAAGUCACCAUCGCACAGGGUGGUGUUCUGCCCAACAUCCAGGCCGUGCUGCUGCCAAAGAAGACCGAGAGCCACCACAAGGCGAAGGGCAAGUAGAACGCUGGAUUAGUUUGCAGCAACUCAAUCCCAACGGAACCAAAGGCUCUUUUCAGAGCCACCUACAAUUUUGUGGAAGAACUGAGCACUACUUUUAAUAUGAUUUCUCGUCUUCGCCUACUACUAAACCACUCCAAAGGUUAACGUACAUCAGUCUUCGGUGACUUGGUUAGGUAGUGGCAAUCUCAUUAGCUUUUUAAAAAGCCUGGAUAACGUUAAAAGUAUUAAACCGCCUUCAUCUUAAGCUUAACACAAGAAGAUUUGGUUUUUCUUAAUUUGGCGUUAUCCAAGUAUAUUAUUCUAUAUGGUUCACUGUCGGGUUUUACUGACACUCCACCAUUUUUAGAUUGUUGGAAGCAAACAUGACUUUGGCUUUGGGGCCAAAUGCAUUCUUGGUCUUGGUAAAUGACAAACCGAGCAUUCGACGUUUAGUCUAAAUCUAGAUCAACGGCUUGGAUUCUUUAUUUCUGAGAAAGAUCUCUCGAAUCAGAAUAAUUAGAUUGCACUUGAACAUUAAUGAUUGAGUUGAGAGAAUAAUUUCUAAUUAGAUUAAUUAGAACAGUUAAUUAUGGUACCAGGUAGUUGUCUUUGAAGCAUUUUCUGAAAAUUCAUAGAAAUUAAAAUUUCUUGAGCUUUCUCACCCCCAGCCACACAAAUUGAUUUCUUAGUAUAGAGAUGACCAUUAAUUUGUUUCAGCAUGGUAAAUUACACUUUUAAAAUAUCUGACUUGAUGUUUUUAAUCUGUUUAAUAAAUCAUAUCUGGAUGUACAAAUGGAAUAGAUACUUAAGAGAAAAUGAAUUACGUUUCUAGAGUAUUGGAAAAAUAAGCUGUAAUGGAAUUACUUUAAUCUGAACGCGAAAAGCUCACAUAAGGUUGUUUGACAUUUUUAGGCCUUGAAUUUCUCACAUGCGAAUCAGUUUUUCUUGGUUAAAAAAAUACAAAAGUUUUUAAAAU